UUCCCGGUCGCCGGCUGCGGCAGCGCCCGCGCCCGUCUCCCGGCCGCCGCUCCGUACCGCGGCCCCGUCCCUCGCCACGCCAGGCACUAUGAGUAGCUCCGGCCCGGAGGGGGUCCGGCCCAACGAGGCUGAGGGAGACGGGCUGCAGGAAGCCGAGCAGGACUGGACGGCGGCCAAGGCUUUCUACGACAACCUGGUGUCCAAGAGACCCCGGCCGCCCAAGCCCCAGCACGCCAUCACGGUAGCUGUCUCCUCCCGAGCGCUCUUCGACCUGGUGGAGGAGCGGCGGAUUUAUGAAGAGCAAGGGGUGGAGAAGUACGUGGAGUACCAGCAGGACAACGAGAACGUCACCCUCAAACCAGGACCGGCUUUCUACUUCGUCAAGGCGCUGGAGCAUGUCAAUGCCCGACUUCUUGAGCUGUACCCUGAUGAUGAAGAACGAUUUGAUAUUGUCCUGAUGACUAAUAACCAUGCCCAAGUGGGAGUUAGACUCAUAAACAGCAUCAAUCAUUAUGGUUUAACAAUUGAACGUUUCUGUAUGACGGGAGGAAAAAGUCCUAUUGGUUACCUGACUGCAUACCUUACGAACUUGUACCUCUCAGCAGACUCUGAAAAAGUGCAAGAAGCUAUAGAAGCAGGCAUCGCAUCAGCUACGAUGUUCACUGCCAACAAAGAUGUUGCUUACUCGGAUACACAGUUGAGGGUGGCAUUCGAUGGGGAUGCAGUUCUCUUUUCUGAUGAAUCAGAACAGAUUGUCAAAGAGCAAGGAUUAGAUAGAUUUUUUGAACAUGAACAGCUGAAUGAAAAUAAGCCUCUUGCACAGGGUCCUUUGAAAGGUUUUCUGGAAGACCUAGGGAAACUCCAGAAGAAGUUCUAUGCCAAAAACGAACGAUUAAAUUGUCCCAUUAGGACCUUCCUGGUCACAGCCAGAAGUGCAGCAAGCUCUGGAGCCAGAGUGCUGAAGACUCUUCGUAGCUGGGGUCUGGAGAUUGAUGAGGCACUUUUCCUAGCAGGAGCUCCUAAAGGCCCGAUCCUCGUGAAAAUCCGCCCUCACAUUUUCUUUGAUGACCAGAUGUUUCACAUCGAAGGAGCACAGAAAUUGGGCACCAUCGCUGCUCAUGUUCCCUAUGGCGUUGCUCAGAAGUACCACAAGGCUGCAUGACUGGGUGGUUCUUAAGUCAGCCAGCCUUUAAUAUAGCAAUAGUUAUGUCUGAAAACCUCUACAUUUGUAUAUUGUAAGCACUGUUUAAAGAUUUAACUUCUGGCUAGAACAGCCUUUAGAGGAAAUAUUUUUAAUAUAGGUACAUUUGUAAUAGAGUUAUUUUAAUAGCAUUCUUAAGCCGUUUAGAUUUUUUACCUGUUUGGAUCUAAUAAUGUGGUUUUGAUGUUAGGAAAAGAUUUGUACUGUUUUUAUAGCUUGAGACAUAUUUUGAGAGACAGAGAUAACAGUUAUAUUAUCUCUUAAAAAUUGCUGUCAGGUUAUUUAUAACAAAAAUCAUGCUGCGAUCCUAGUCCUUGAUGGUUAUUUCCGAAGUUAGCAAAAGCACAGUUUACAUGUGUUUACCUCUUGAUGGUUUGCUUGUUAAAUAUGUGUCCAGUAGGUCUGUUAUCACAAGGUGUCAGCUUCCAGUGCAAUGUUAGCUUCUUUUAUCUUGUGUUUACAGGAAGCCUUUAUUUUUCUAUAUUGUUUUCCUAUUCUAAUAAAUCUGGCUUUACAGUUACAGAA